UAGUUUAUGUAGCAAUAAACACGAUGUGAAAGCUCUUCCAGAAAGGUAAUUGAUUCGUGUUUUAUUUUCUUUUGUUCACAUAAUCAGCGAUAAAAUGUCAGGAUAAAACUAAUCGGUGUUAAUUUUGUAGGAAAAAUAUAGAGGAAAAGCUGGUGGAAACACUUCCUAAUCAUCCGUCAUCAGCGAAUACGGUUUUUUUCUUGUUUGUAAGACAAAUCGUUUUUAUGCGUUGAAUGGCCCUAUUUGCCUUUUGUAAAAUCAAUGGUGAACGCGUUACCAUGUUUUUCCGUCAAAAGAAUAUGUUCUGUUUGUUUUUGAAUCAAACGAGUUAAAUGAGGCUAAACAUGGCUGUUCAUAAAUAUUUUGACAUGAAAGCUUCGGACAGAUUGAAGGAUUUUAUCAUUAUUUAUUUCCUAAUUUGUAACAUUCAAGAUAGUACUGCACAAACACGAUCACUUCAUAGUAUCAUUGGUUACGGAGGAGUCAGGGGAGUGGUCCAUAUUGAACCGAAUUUCCGACCAAAUAGAUCCCUGGCCGUUCUUACUUUCCCAAAUAUACGGAACACACAUUUGGUGGAGAUUCGGGAUAAUAGAGUACUAACUGAUGUCACUGUCAGGUGUUUGGACAGGGAUUUAGGACGAAGAUACAUCAACAGAACAUGGCUUCUCGUUCCUGGCCGAGAUCAUCGCUAUUUUGGCCUGGACUCUGACGCACGCUCACUUAACGGAAAGGCAAUUUUACUAACCAACGCUGACACAGGUCAAAGAGUUUGUGGAACGCUUGAACCAAGGGGAUUGCAUAAUACCGCUGAAGCAAAGUUCCUUUCAAACAUAGGAGGGAUUAUAACAUUCAGACAACUUGAAAACGACAGUCUUGCAGACACUUCAGUGAGAGUGAAUCUAUUUAAAACACAAGGAGAAAAUCCUGUUGCAGAAACCUUUUUCUGGUUCCUAGUUCCAAAUCCAAAUCGCGAUCAGUAUAAGACAACAAUGAAUACAGAAUGUCGUCUUCCUUUGCCUUUCCCGCCCUCUCUUCAACAACUUUACAGCAUGUCACGCAGGUUUGGUCGUCUGCUCGUAGGCGCUAAGAAAAACGAUGCUACUUUCACUUUCAUAGACUCCGAGUUACCUUUGUCUGGAUUGAGGUCUGUUAUUGGAAAUAUACUAGUACUAGCAAGACGAACAGGAGAAAUUGCCUCUUGUGCAUUGAUAAGAGAAAUAGAACCAAAACAAGCUAUUGCUUCCGUAUUUAAUGACGGUGUGAAAGGAACAAUUCAGUUGUAUCAGAGAUCUUCCUAUGAUAACACUGUGGUACAGAUUACUUUAAACAACCUUCGAGGACUCGCUGGUGGUUACCAUAUUCAUAAGUGGCCGGUUCCUGUCAAGCUUACCGCAUUGGAUAAUGUGUGUGACGACAAGAGCAUCAGCGGACACUUUGAUUUUGAAAGAGAAAAACCGAUCUCCCCAUCACGUCAGACUGGAACAUCCGAUCAGUACGAAAUAGGCGAUCUUAGUGGGAAAUACGGAUACCUUACAGGACAAGACAGUUUUAAUGGACAGUUCAGUGAUGACAAUUUACCAUUAUUUGGAAAGUACAGUGUGGUUGGACGUUCUUUUACGAUUCAUAGGUCUUAUAGGGAUGAACGAUGGGUCUGUGCAACAAUAAAACCGGUUAGUAGGGUUACAAAAGCAGUGGCAAAAUUCAAAGGACCUGUUAUUGGACAAAUUGUGUUUACACAAAAUCGAAACGAUUAUCAUUCCGAUACUCAUGUGUUUGUUGAAGUAAGUUAUUCCAACGGAAUACAAAGACCAACCUUUAGUCACAAUUGGCAUGUACAUGAAAACCCGGUUUGUGAUUUAUUUAAUGAUAGACCCUGUAACUGUUCUGCAGCUGGUGAGCAUUUUAACCCCUACCGUGUGAAUGUUAAUGGAAACUAUGGUACAGAGUGUCGUUUUUGUAACCCUCUCAGAUGCGAACUUGGUGACCUGUCCGGCAAAAAAGAAACUAUUAAUAUUAGAGGCAAUAAUACUGUGUGGUAUCGAAAUUACUUCACAGACAUAAACUUACCUUUAGAAGGUCCACUUGGCAUUAUAGGAAAAUCUCUAGUGAUACAUGAUGAAAACAAAGGAAAAGGGCGUUUGGCAUGCGCAAACAUUUUCGAAGUUCCGGCACGAGCUUUGUUAGUUGAAAACUGGUAUGGAUCCAGAACAGCACCUAUAACAGGCCUGUUUGAAUUUGUAGGAAAUGUUCCACAGUAUGAAGAAGCAAUAGCAUGGACCUCAUUACGUUUGUCCGGUUUACAACGUAGGGCUGCUGGAUAUCAUAUACACACAGAACCAGUCGAUCUAUCUUCUCCAGCUCCUUGCGAAAAUAAUGUGGUGGGUGGUCACUUCAACCCUUUCUUUGUAAACCAAACAAAAAGCCCACAACCAGGAACAGGGACCCAUGAUUUGUAUGAAGUCGGGGAUUUAAGCGGCAAAUACGGUUCUAUUCUUGAAGGCAGGGACACAGUUCUCGCCUCAGGACCCGAUAAUUUCUUACCUGUAGCAGGCCCCUUGAGUAUUAGUGGAAGAUCAUUGGUUAUCCAUCGUGGCGAUGGAUCGAGAUGGUUGUGUGGAAAUAUUGAGGAGAACACAGAAAUGUCCGGGGGUAGGAUAGUCCGGCUGAUUGCCAGGUUUACCAGGGGUCUCUUGUCAGGAUCUAUAGAACUGAAACAAUAUGUUUAUCCAGAUAACACAGCAAGUGACACUGAAAUAUUAGUGGACUUGAAAUUUAGAAACAAUGAAAGACUACGGGUAAGAGGCCUUAACUGGCAUGUACAUGUGUACCGAGUUGUAGAGGGUGGAAACUGCCAGGAUGCUGGGCCUCAUUACAAUCCUUAUAAUGUGAAUACAACGGUGGGAUAUGAAGAAUGUUCUUUUUCAAACCCUUACCGUUGUGAAUUAGGGGACACAAGUGGUAAACACGGUGUGUAUGAAAUAGGUGGAGGUCCAAGAUUCUACACUGACGUUAAUUUGCCUCUGAUUGGGAGAUUUGGAGUGGCAAACAGGUCAUUUGUUAUUCAUCAGCCAGUGUCGCAGUCAGGAAGAUUUGAUUGUGCUAAUAUUGUUCCAUUUAAUGCAUAAUAUUUUUAGUUUCCAAUAAAAAAAAAGUCUCUUUUUAAA